ACGGUGGGGGAAGGGAGCCAUCAGGUCGAUAGGGAAAGCCUGAAGCCAGUCAGUGAAGGGACCGUCUCAGGGAUGGACAACUACACAGGACGACAGGAGAGUUACCCCAUGGGGCCACCCAUGGGGGGCGCAGCGGUGCCCCCAGGCGUGAGGCCUAUGGUGGACCCUGAGGCCCUCGGGGAAGUGGACCCUAAUCUCUACCCACAACCAAAGGAAUCCACACAUAAAAUCAGGGGUCGCUCGGAUAUCAUUGAGAUGCUCUGUGGAACGGUUGAUCAGGAGUUGUUGACUGUGAAGUCGUUCUAUUUCUUCUUUUACGCGGCUUUCGGGUCCCUGUUUCCCCUGAUGGGUGUCUAUUUCAAGCAGAUGGGUAUGAAUCCAACCCAGUGUGGUCUGCUCAUUGGGUCCAGGCCUUUUGUGGAGUUUCUGGCCGCGCCAUUCUGGGGGAGUCUUGCUGACAGAUGGCAAAAAGGCAAAAUGCUCCUGCUAGCGUCACUUUCGUGCUGGAUAAUCUUCACUCUCCCGUUGAGCUUCAUCCAACCGCCCGCAACUCUCUGUCUCGUAAAGAAGAACACGACAACCUACGGUCUGAAAAGUCCCGAGACGGUUCAACCCCGAGACCGCCUGGUCAAACGGGAGAUCCCAGGAUUCGAGCCCACAUUCAACGACGAUCAGCAGUCAACUUUUGACCCGGAAUCGUUGAUCAACCUGGACUCGAUCGAGGAAAGUCAUCAGACUCUGAUCAGGAGAACCCGGUCGGCUCACAACCAGAUUUUCGCCGGACAGUCGCCGCUCAACAUUCCCUUCAUCUCAGACUACAACGAGAAGCUGCAGAAGAAUCUAGUGAGGCCAGUGUUCAGCUCUAUUGUUUACACGACACAAGACAUCCAGAAAGCCUUCUUCCUGCUGCUGCUACUGGUGGUGAUUGGCGAGUUCUUCAGUGCGCCGGCCAUCACGUUGGCCGACUCGGCCGUGAUCACGAUCCUGGGCGAAGACGCCGACCGCUACGGCCAUCAACGGAUGUUCGGCUCGCUCGGCUGGGGCAUCUCCAUGUUCUUCGUCGGCAUCGCCCUCGACCACUCAACAGCCUUCCCCGGUCAUCCAUGUGGGGGACCCGACGAGCGCGAGAAGAACUACACCAUCUGCUUUGCGACUUUCUCGGUGCUAAUGGCGGCCGCCUUGAUAUCGGCCACGCAGAUCAAUUUCAAGUACGAGUAUCCACCAGAGGAAGUGGAGAAACCCCCUCCACCACCGCAGCCGACCAAGGAGGAUUACCUGCAGCAGGAGUUGGCACAACAGCUCAAUCUGCCGGCUCUCGCCGAAAACAGUGGCGUUCCUUCACAACCGCCACCCAAUGUUGGCAAGACACAAAUGUUUGCCCAAACAACAAGAGAAAUUCCAGAAUGGGUGACCGUUUUGAACUACUUCAAGAACUUGAAAUGUGGUUCAUUCCUAUUCGUUGCCUGGUUCAUGGGAUUCGGUAUUGGACUUAUAUUCACAUUCCUCUUCUGGCAUUUACAGGAUUAUGGUGGAUCACCAACAUUAUUCGGAGUAGCAUCAGUCAUCAAUCACAUAUCCGAAAUAUUCGCCUACUUCUUCAGUUUUAAACUCAUCACUCAAAUGGGCCACGUCAAAGUUCUUUGUUUGGGACUGGUGGGAAAUAUUCUGCGAUUCUUGUACAUUUCCUAUCUGAAGAAUCCAUGGUGGGUUCUGCCUUUCGAAUUCAUGCAAGGAAUCACUCACGCGGCAGUGUGGGCUGCCUGCUGUUCAUAUAUCGCGCACAACACACCUCAACACCUGAGGAGUUCGGCACAGGGAGUGCUGCAGGGCAUCCAUCACGGACUCGGCAGGGGCUGUGGCGCUGUCAUCGGCGGAAUGUUCGUCAACUAUUUCGGAACAACAGCCACAUUCAGAGGAUACGGUCUGUGCUGCGCCCUAGUUCUGGCCGGAUUUAUAUUCAUCAAUUUUUACCAUAAAGACACCGGAUUUGUAACCGACCUACCGCAGACUGAGGAUCCACAUCAGGUUGCUGAGGAAACGUCGCACCUGGCACCCCACGGUGUCCCCAGCAACCCGAUUCCGCGAGCUCUGUCGAGCAACCGGUUGCAUGACCUGUCGCAGCAGCCUGACAAUUACGCCACCUACGGCACAACCGGUGGCAAUCUAGACAUUCCCGGCGGUGGAGGCGCUGGAGGUGGAAGCACGAAUCCCUUCCGCACUGAUUACAAUAACUACAGGACAAAUAAUCUGAGCUCAGAAGAAGAGAAUAUUAAACGACACUUCCAGAUGUACACUGAAGUCCUAGCCCAAUACGAGACUAUCAACAAUGGCAAAAAUAUUACAAAUAACGAAAAUAACUAUGAAGACGGUAAUUCUACCAAAGCCACACUGACUCGUCUUCAUACUCAACAGCCUGCAAUAUCAGAAAACUCCUACGAUUGGUGAGGAGAUAUAUUUCAGGACUAUCGGUAUUCUGUGAAAAUCUAAUGAAUAAUAGUUUUAUUUUAAUGUACAUACAAUCUAAAUACUGUAGGGUGUACAUUAUAAACAAUGAUUAUAAAUACCAUUGAAUUAUCGUGUUAGUCCAAUUAAACUCUUGUUAACUAUGUGUACAUUGAACUGUAUAAAUAAUUAAAUUGUUGAAUCGAAUAUAAUAUAUGAGGAAACUCGAAAAUCUGCUUUUUAAGCUAGCAUAUAAAUAUGUAGCCAACGUACUCAACGAUAUAAUUAUGUUAAUUGAAUGCUAUAAGUAAUGUAAUUUAUCUUACUAAUAUAAUUUUUUAAAAAGAGAUCGAGUGAGCAAAUCAAUAUUAGUUUAAUAUAAAAGAAUAAAUCAUUCUUGAAAAGUUUGUUCAUAGAGGUUCAAAAACUAUAUAAAUGGUACAUAUAGAUAGUGUUAAGUAUAGGUAUAUCAGAUUCUGAUUUAUCGUGUGCAAUAUCUUCAUUGAAUAGUUUUAGUAGGAAUAUAAUUAUUUUCGACUUCUUGUUUGAUAAAGCGAUAUGAACACAUAAUUAACCAACUGGUUUGUGUGGAACUAUAUUUAAGACAUUCAGGUGAUUGAUGUGGAAACAGAAAUAAAAAAUGUAGGCUAUACAUGUUUGUGUUCAUUAAUUUGUUAUAAACAAAUUUGCUGAAAAAUAAUGAUUGAAACUCAGUGGAAAAUAAUAUUCUGAUGAUUUGGGAAGAUAAUGGCCAAUGAUACUUACAAGCUGUAGAGAGGAAACUCAUAUUAAAAUGAAAUUGGAAAAAGUAAACUUGGUAUAAAAUGUGUUGAUUAUAAUACGGUACUAUUAAAAAUACAAGUAGCAUGUUACUUUUAAAAGAGAUAUAUUACUUUUCAUAUAUUGUCUUGGACUUGGUGUGCAACUAAUAUUCAUUGGUCACUCAAGCAGCAAGAUUUAUCAUAGAAACAUGAUGAGUGAUGGGUAAUGGGUAAUGGGUGAUAUAAUAUUAGCAAGUAGAGUAUGCAAGAUUUAUUAUGUUUGCAAAUUUCAAUAGAAUGUUUUCUGAGGGUUGAUGCCGGUUCAAACUCUAGAUUUGUGCGUAGAUAAUGAAAAGGAUGAUAAUGAGAGAUGAGUGAAUCCAUAGUGAAGUGUAUUCCACCAGCAAGUGAUUGUUGGAAUCAUCAAUGACAUAUAUAAAGGAUUGUGAUUUGUGGAGUAAAUCGUAUUCAUUGAAGUACCCGUAUAGACCGAUUUGUGAUUACUGGUAUUGUAUGUAUAAGGCAUGAAAUAUUAAGCAUUUAUUAAUUAAAUUGACACUACACUACAUUAUUAAUAAUUCUAGAUGUUAUUUGAUGUAAUAUAUAUUUGUUGUACAGUAUGUAUGAAAUAAUUUAAUGCAUAUUUUUAAAAUGUUGAGAACAGUUUUUCAUUCAAAAUGGUGGAAAAUCUGUUAAUUUCUCUAGAAGUAAGAGUAUUUGGAACACCAAACCCACUGAGCUGAUUGAAAUUCAGUUCUAAGCCUUUAAAUUACAGCUUCUAAUUCGCUGUUAUUGAUUUCUCAGUGAUGUUCACUGAAUUUAAUUGCCUGUCCAAGUUCUCAUUGUUGUAUCACGAAAAUUAUUGCUGAAUAUACUGUUGAAUCCUUUUUGGAAAAUAUUUAAACUCAUACGAGCUCGAGAAUUACUUAUUUGCUACAUAUCAUGAAAUGUUCGCUAUGUAAUUUCCAUAAAGCUUGAAAAGUACAAAGUACAUGUCAAGUCUUAUUGUUAUUGUUGUUCAAAGCAAAGUUACCAGUGCUUAAAUGAAACAGCACACAGCAAUAAAAUGUAUAGGUACAAAAAUGAGAUAUACAAAAGUAUUGAUAAGUGGUUAUAAAGUAUAUUGUCUAUCGUAAUAUUAUAUUAUCCAUAUUGAGAAUUGGAUACUAUGUGUUUGAGUAUAGAGAAAAGAUUAUUCUAAUAGUUUUUUUCCAAUUUAUAUAACAAUAAGAAUAAGGGGAGACAUAAUUAUGGGAAAAGAAAAAUGCCGUAAUGAAUGAAAAAAUAUUGAGAGCAAAAUGAACCUUUGUACUCUGUUGAAUAUACUGUACUUGAAAAAAUCAAUUCUUACAAAUUAUUAUUGCUGAGAAUGAUUUGAAAGAUACAUUGUUGAAGUUGAAACUUGUCGUAAGACUCAGAUGGUAAGUCGGAAAAACAAUAAUUUCAAGCAAUAAAACUUUUGGAAGAAAUUAUAGUAUAAUUGAAUUCGAAAAAAUAUGAAAUCAAUAUCAUUUGAAUUUGGAAAAGCCAGGAAAGUGAAAAAGUGAAGAUACUGUGACUGAUAAAAGUGGAGUUUCCCCUAUUUAUCAUUCAUUUGAGAGAAAUUCGUUUAUCUAAAUUUGAGAAUAAUUUCAAACUAUUGAUAGGUAAUAUAGGCGGAAUAGUCCUAAACUCUGUAUAGUUAUAGGAAAGAUAUUGAAUUUCUUUCAGAUAAUUGCAUUAUUUUCAGAUAUCGAAUUCUGGAAAUCAAAGAAUUCAUUCAUAUUGAAAUAGGAAUAAAGUACAGUAUUUAUUUAUAAUAAUAAAACUUUCAUCAUAAAACUUUAUCCAGUGUUCAACUCUGUUUCUAUUACCUGAUAACCAACAUGUUUACAGUUUAAUAUUUGUUGAAUUUGAGAUCAAUAUAUAAUUUAAUGUAAGUCUUCGAAAUGUUAUUUGGAUUUGGAGCUCCAAAUCUUAUUGAAGGCACAAGAAGGUAGUAUGGUAAAAUAGUAUUUAUGGCAAUGUAACGAUGUGUAAGCACCAACUAUUCAGAAAGCACUUUAAGCCUUAAUUAAAAUUAUUUUAAAAUA